GCCGGACGGGGCGGAGCGCGGGAGCGGCUGGGGUGCUGCUGCUGCUGCUGGGCGGCAGCCUCGGGCUUGGGCGGCCGGACAGACGCUCAGCACGCGCGAAAGGAGCCGCCAGGGCGAGGGACAGACGCGCCCUGUGCUUAGUGUCCCGGGGCGGUGUUAGCAAAGCCAGGCUUGUGCGCUUCAAGGACUGACUCGAAUACUGCCAUAACAGAACUAGUCCGGUGAGAAGUCAGGCUGUUAGAGACCCUGGGAUCCCGAGGGCGUAAACCGACUGAAAAUUUAUCCUGAGUUCACAGACUGAAUUCACAAAAAUGGCCUGACAGGCAUUUUUGGUCUGCCUUGUGUUUUGAUAUUUUAAUUAAUUGCCGGCGUUUAAAAUUGGAGUUUAUAUGUAAAUAUAUGGAUUACUUUGAGAUAUUGGACGAUCUGGCUGCAUGUUCCUGCCUGGCAGCAGUUUCCUGGCCCCUUUGGACUGUCUAGAAACAGUCUUCAGUUUGCCACAACCGCUCUGUGUCUAUAACCAGCUUGCAUCUCUCAUUUAUCACCAGUCUGGCUGUUGGUAGGCAUUUAAGUUCUCUAAAUGCUUGGGGGGAUGUAAGACUAAAACGUUUAUGUAGAUCAGAUCAGAGAUCCCAAACAACUGGUGUGUGGUUUGUGUCAAAACCGCAUUUCCUCAUCCCUGCUUAUUCUUAUCAAGGUGUUUUUCUAUUGGAACAAGCCGUUUCAGCCCAGACUUGGUAGGCAUGAAUCAUCAGAGAUAUUUACAGAAAGAGAUCUGGGAGUUUGCCGGGGUCCAGCCCCAGCCGGAACAGGGUCUCCUGAGGGACGAACCGCGCCGGCGAAGGAGGAGGCAGUGAGACAAGGAGUUUGGUGUCCAAGUCUGACUUUAUUUUGUAUAUGCAUGAUUUAUAUAGGGCUCAGGAUAUGCAAGGGUGAUUUCAUGGGACAGUCCCAGUACAUAUUUUUGGCUCGCGUAAGCGGGUUUUUGUAAAGUAGACGAUAGUCCUAAGAGCAAUUGAUUGCAAGGUAGACAAUAGUCCUAAGAGCAAUUGAUUGUGUGUAGGCCCCGGGGGGAGUCAACCUUCUGUAAUUCUUUACUUCAAGGAGGCUACCCCCAGCGGCCUCCUGACUCAAUGGGCCGUGGCAACCACCGUCUUCCCAGAGAGAUCUGUGGGGGCUGCAGAUUUCUUUGUUCCCUCUCCACUCCCAUCGCUCCACCCGACCAAAGGACGGAUCAGAAUGUUCUUUCCCUAGAAGAUGUUUUUCCCCAGAACUUUCCCUAGAAUAUUGCAUUGUAUCAUUCUCAUUCCCAGGGCCGGGCUGACUUCCCCUGAAAUAACCCCAGGUGCAGAACAGAGUGAGCAGAAGCAGGAAAGUCAAAAGUACCAGGGAGACUUAUGGCAGGGGCAGCCUGGUAGAUUCCCUUGAGGGUCGCCGUGCGUCCCCUCAUCUCUCUCCCGGACCGUGUCACAAGGCAGAGGCUUAGUUUGUAGCCUGACGGCUCCCAGCAGGAGUUGAUAUUCUGUUAUUACAAAUAAACCCAUAAAGUUUUUUUUUUUUCAUUAGGGGAAAAAUCUGAACCUUGAUUGCAUUGUCUUAUGCUACAACAAGCUUUAUUGAAAUAGAUAGUAGUCAGUAUAAUUUGUAUACCUCUGCCCACAGGCAAUUAUAGUUUGUUAACCUCCACACCUCCUGGCUAGACUUCAUAAAGGCAAGAACAUAAAGGCAAGAACUGUGCGUGCUUUGUUAAUUGCUCUCUCCCACCCCUGGAGUCUAAGCUUCCUGAAGAGGGGGACUUUUAUUUAUCUUAUUUACAGUUGCCAACUACAAUGCCUCCUUCAAGGAUUUGGAAGUGUCCGUGAACCCUGGAAUUUUCAGUAUUAUUUCUGUUGUCAGAGAUCCAGAGAUUCCACUUGAGAUCAAGUUGGCAGCCAGACUUUUAUUCUUUCCCUGUGAGGAGCGGCUCUUAUCAACAGCAACAUUGGCAGAACCUGUGUUUUGGAAAAGGCCUGAUGGCUUUGAGCCUAGGCUGGAGAGCAUUUGCCCCGUUGCCCAUGAGCCACUGUGGUGUCUCUCUGAAGGCUGUGAGGAGCAGUGGUCUUGCCUUGUCUCCCUGGGGCCGCUGCCCCUGGAGAGGGACUGGAAGCUUUUCGGACCCUGAGAUGAAAGCUUUCCUGGAGGAGAACACCGAAGUCACCAACAGGGGCAGCCUCACCCCUGAAAUUCAGUUGCGGCUUUUGACCCCUAGAUGCAAGUUCUGGUGGGAAAGAGCUGACCUGUGGCCCCACAGCGAUCCUUACUGGGCAAUCUACUGGCCCGGAGGCCAAGCCCUGUCUAGGUAUCUUUUGGAUAAUCCUGAUGUUGUCAGAGGAAAAUCUGUGUUAGAUCUUGGGAGUGGCUGUGGAGCUACAGCUAUUGCUGCUAAGAUGAGUGGGGCAUCAAGGAUCUUGGCCAAUGACAUUGACCCUAUUGCAGGAAUGGCUAUCACACUAAAUUGUGAAUUGAACCAACUGAAUCCUCUUCCCAUUUUAACCAAAAACAUUUUGGAUUUGGAACAAGAUAAGUGGGACCUUGUUGUGCUUGGGGAUAUGUUUUAUGAUGAAGACCUUGCAGACGGUCUUCAUCACUGGCUGAAGAAUUGCUUUUGGACACACAGAACUCGAGUACUGAUUGGUGACCCUGGGCGACCCCAGUUCAGCGGACACAGCAUUCAGCAUCAGCUGCGCAAGGUGGUAGAAUAUUCACUUCCAGAGCCCACGAGGCGGGAAAACAAUGGACUGACAACAAGCACAGUGUGGGAUUUCCAGCCUUGAGUUGUGAAACUGCUUCCAAGGAUGGAUGUGGCAAUGUUUGGGUUUAACCCUAAAAGGCUCUCCAGCUUAAAGUGUGCAAUUCCUGUUAAAUGGCAGAUCUUGCUUCCAAAAUAUGAAGGUUUAAAGUUUUGUCAGCUUUUGUCAUGUAGGUAGUUCUGCAUUAUGCCAAAUAUACAAAUCUCUGUAAUUUUUUUCUUGUUUUACUGCUAUAGGAAUAUAAUUCUAGAAGGCAAUACCCCAUGGUAGCAACAGGGAAUUUAAGCAGUGGAGAGGAAUCAGAUGUUGUAGCAGAGCCUGUUUCUGCACUUGAGGACAACUAUAUGAUGCAUCUUUGAAUUAAACAAAAUAGAAAAUACUGAAGAAUACUAUAUUUAAAAAAAAUUCCCCGUACCGAUCAAAGAUGCAGUUGGCAUGGUACAGAGUACAUGGGCUCUGGAACCAGGCAACUGUCACUUUCUAGUUAGGAUUUUGUCUAGUUAAGCUCUCUGAGCUUUCAUUUCUUCAUCUGUAAAACAGUAACAAAAAUUUAUAAACCUCACAUCAAAGGGCUAUUAAAUGAGAGUAUAAAGUGCCUAAUAGAGUAUAAAGUACAUUAUGGGACCUCAAUUGACAACCAUGGAUGAAAUGAAGAUUUUAGAAUUUCCUACACACUCUGUACUGGGACUGACACCUAAUGAUGCCUCUAUGGCUUACUGCGGUCAGCUAGAAAGUGGUUUUGCCACCACUACAUGCCCCAGGUUGUCAGGAUCUUAUAUAUCAAUAAAAACACUACUACAUAAAUGAGAAACAAUGUGAAUAAGAACGUGUAUAGUAUACUACUAUUUAUGUAAAAAAGCUAUGUAUAUACCCACAUAUGUAUGUAUGUACAAAAUACAUAUUUGCUUGCAGUAUACAUAGAAUAUCCCUCAAAUAAGAAACUGGUAACAGUGUUGCCUUCUGAGAGGGUACCAGAUGGCUGGACUGGCGGGGGGAGGACUAGUGUUUACCCUUGGGUUUUGUAAUUUUGCACUAAUACUAAUGUACUGUAUUUCCUAUUCUCUAAUUUAAAACCAAACGCUACCACUCUAUAUGUUACAAGUGAAGUAUAAAAUGUAGCCUUUCUAAAGUGCUCUCAUGUUCUUAUAUACUGCUUAGGAAUUGUUUAUGACACUUACAUUAUGUGCUUUCUAAUAAUACUCACAGGCCAGCGGGAUUAGGACACCAGGGAGACGUGGCCAGAGUUACAGUCAUACAGCAGAAAUGUGGAGAAAGCAUUAAGGGUGAGUGGCUGCUUAGACAGGAAAACAGGAUAAUUCGAUGAGAGCUUUGGCGCUGGGGUUGCAGAGGAUCUUGAAAUCUAUUUACUUGUGAUUCUUGAACUUUGGAAGUCAGAGUUUAUUACAGCCCAAUCAGUCAACUCGUGCUGCAUCCAAUUUCCAUUGGUCUACUGGGGCUUAAAAAUUAUAAACUCAAAAUUUUGAUUCAGCCUUGGUUAAAAUUAAUAGAAAUUAUAGGCUACAGUAGUAUUGGAUGAUAUUUGAGAGGAAAGAGUUUUGUUGACAUAUUCUUUGAAAAUCCGGGGUAUUCUGGUUAUUGCCCUUCUCAGCGAGAUAAGAAAGAGAAAAUUAAACUCUGGAGCACUGUUGGAAAUCAUCUUGAUGAGGCAAAGAGUAGAUUUAAAUUUAAAUAUCCACAACAGUAUUUCUGUUGUCGUCUCUUAAUGACUUACGAAGAGGGCACAAGAGGGUCUUUGAGGCAUCCAAACAUUACUUAAAAUAUUUCUAAGUCUCCCAUGUACAUAGCAGGGAGCCUGGAAGUGACGUCAUAGCUUAAGAGGUUUUAACUCACAGUUAAAGUGGUUAUUGACACAGUCGGAUUAAUUCCUGCCAUAUUUUUAACUUAUCCUAUGCCCUUGUUCUUUUUUUGUGUUCUACUCUUUUUUCUGCCUUCUCUGGUUUUAAUUGAGCAUUUUAUAUGAUUCCAUUUUCUCUCCUGCCUUAAGAUACCAAUCAUACUUAUUUAAAAUUUUUUUUUAGUGGCGGCUCUAGAGCUUGUAGUAUACAUUUACAACUAAGCCAAGGCCACUUUCAAAUAAUACUGUACUGCUUCACGAUUUUAAGUUUGUUCAGCUUUUAUCUUAUUGUUGAGGAUGGGAGUGAUGACUUCCCAUCUCUUUACAUGUCAGACUAGAAGCUGGAAGUAUGGGUCUUACUGUUAUUUCUUUCUUUCCCCUUUAAUUCUUUCCUUGUCCAUUUACUCAAAUAUUGGGAUGCUUAUUAUGUGCCAGACACUGUCUAGGCACUGGGGAUACAGCAGUGAAAAAAAAGACAAAAAUUUCCAUCUUCAUGAAGCUUAUAUUCUGGGGCGAGAAGACAGCUAAUAAAUAAAAUGGCUGUCAGAUGGGGAUGGAUGGCAAGGAGAAAAAUAAAGAGGUCAGGGUGAGAGGGAUAGGUGGGGUAGGGAAUGAGGUGCUGAGAUUUUAAACAGGGUGGUAAGAAAUAGCUAAUACAACCAGCAACAUUAAAAAAAAGGCAAGAUCAAACUGCAAACUGCUUUAGGAAGAUAAAGCCUUUAUAGAUCCUAAAAAGCUGAUAAUCUUGAAACUAGUUUCCCAAAAAGGGGGAAAAGCUAUUGACUUGGUUAGAUGUUCAAUAUUAAAUUUUACUGAACUUGCCUUCAGAAAAAUGUCAUAGGUGGAACUAUGGCCUUACCCAUUUUACACACAUAUAUGUAUGUACCACCUUUGCAGAGGCAAUGUAUAUAUCCACACUAUAAACAUACCACAUUUAUAAAGUAAGUAAUAGUGAGGACAAGAAAUAGAGUUGAAUAUGUAAACCCUCCCUCUAAACAUGCACAAGAAACUUACCAUAUCAUACUCUCCUAGUUUUUCCCUACAUCAGAAUUAAAAUAGGAAAUCUUUAUGAAAGUCACACUGAGACAGGCGCACAGCACAAGGAAUAUGCUGAAUUUGGGGCAGUUCAAGCACAGUAUACUUCAGAGAAUUUUGUGAUUGUAGAAGAGUAAUACAUUUCAUUUGAAAACUAAGACCUGCGCUGUUUAUUUCACAAUGUGAAGACCAACAGAGCUGCCGGAUACAACCUCUGUAAUGAUACUUUGUAUUUACUAAUUCUUACACAUUCUUGAAUGCAGUGGUUUUUGUUUUUUGGAUUUUUUUUGGUGAGGAAGAUUGCCGCUGAGCUAACAUCUGUUGCCAAUCGUCCUCUUUUUUUCUCCCCAAGCCCCAGUGCA